GCCUUGCCAAGACUAGAUGAAGAUGGAGAAGCAAAGAUGGAGUGACUUGGAUUUGUUUGUGAUUCAAAGCUUUCAAAUUAGUAAAAUAGAUUAGGCUGGAUGGAUAUAUAUAAGAUUAAUGGUAAAACUUGAUUUUAUGCUGUGUGAAUUGACAGCUUUAAUAAUGCCUUUUCUGCAAGAAGUUGUUAAAGAUCCAUUAAUCUAUUUGAGGCAGUGUGUGCAUCUCAUGGCUUUUGGGUUUUACUAAAAUUGUUCAUCGUAUUUUGUGUUUGUCUAAACAAACAUGCGUGGCAUCAUGUCAUAUUUUUCUCAUUUGGAUGUAGUUGGAACAUGAUUUUGAACUACUAGUUGCGAUUGGCGCAUUCUUGACACAUUUUGAAGUAGACUGGCCAUUAGGGAAGGAGUGGCAUCAUCUGUCAUAUUUUUCCAUUUGGCUAUAGUGGGUACAGAAUUUUGAAGUACACACAUCAUUAAUGAAACUAACUGAUUUUUUGCAUUCAUUCAGCUUGCAAUGAUGAUGUGUGAUGAAUAUUCUGAGGUUUGAAGCAAAAUUUUAUUUCUGAAAUUCUACAUUCUAAGACCACAAUAUCUGCUAUAUGUAGCCAAGCUAACAUCGAGUGCAGACUGGACUAUUGAUUUUUCAGUUACGAUUCUAUUGUUGUUAAAGUAUUUGUAGUUGAUGGUAAUAAGAUCAUCAAAACAAUGCUAAUAUCUUGUAUAUCAAUCAGCUUGCAUUGAUGACGUAUGAUGAAUGUCCAAGGGUGUUCAAGCGAGUUUUCGUUCACAACCCAAUGCUUUUCUGGAGGUGUGAGGCACACAGCAGAUAUGAGAUGCCUCCUUUUCGACCUUAUGAUCGUACUCGUUUGAAAGUUCUUGAAAGUGUAUCAAAGAUCUUAUACACUUGAGGAUUGUCUCGGAUUGAAUCCUUUUAUUUCUCUGCCUAAAAGAUCAGAGAAUUAUAAAACCUUUUUCACGAAAAUUUAUUUGCAUAAAUAGAGAAAUAUACUCAAGGUUGCUUUAUUAUGGUGACUAGCAUGACAUUUUAAUGCUUUUCCAUUGUAAAUUUAUGUUGCAGAAUUGAUGAUAUCGUCAAGUC